UUUAGUACUAUUCUGUUUUUUGAAAUAAAAGAGGAAACUAAUACUUUAGUAAAUAAAGUACCAUAUUUUUCCGUUACACUAAUUAUAUUCUUUAACUCUCGAGUGUUCACAAGUGGAUUUGUAACAUGUCCUUUGAUAAUGAUUUCAUGUAUUAUAUUGCAUCAAUUGUACAGCCUUCAAUGUUUUAAAAUGGUUUCUUUUAAAGGGAGACAUGUCUUCAUAUACUGUCUAUGUUCAUGGAUAUAUGUUGAAACAGCAGAUUUAGACUAUAUCGAGUCUUCAAUCAAAAAUUAUUUCUCUGAUACACGUCAUCAUGUUAUAAACAACGAUUACAAAAUGGCGUCAAGAGAUUAUAUUUACAAAGAGUUUUCGUCCUUUGGAUUGGUUGCUGAAUACUUUGAAUUUAGCUUAUCUCCUGUAUCUACAAAGUCAAAUUUUACAACGGUUAUUGGUAUGCUGAAAGGUAGCCAUUUUGGUACGGCUUAUGACAAGAUGAUAGCCAUUGGUGCUCAUUAUGAUACAGCUAACACCACAAAAGGUGUGGAUGACAACGGCUCAGGUGUAGUUGCUAUGUUGGAAGUUGCCCGGCAAAUAACAGCAAUGAACGGAAAGGGGACAAAAAGGAAAAAUACAAUUAUGUUUGCUGCUUUUGACCUGAAAGAACAAAAAUGCAAAGGCAGUGAAUUAUUACUGGCUUCAUGGCUACAACCUUGGUUAUUUAAGAACUAUGGCCAAGCAGCUGAAUCACUGGAAUCGCAUGGUGUUUUUAUUUUGGACUCGGUAAUGGCUUAUAAUGCUUCCAUCAAGUCGCAGACCAUUCUACCAAAUAUGAAACGUUUAUUUCCAGAAACAUUUUCAAGUGUAUCAAAAGACAAUUACAAAGGAGACUUCUUAGCUAUGGUAUAUAGAAAUCCAACUUCAGAUUUGGUACUUGCAAACAUGUUUAAAGCAAAAUGGAAAGAGGCAAACAGAGAACAUUUUGAACUGGAGUCCUUCCCUCUACCGUUUGAGGAAUACAGCAAAUUACCAGAGAAACAGCAGUUGAAUUAUCGAUAUUUUAUGAACAGUGAUCAUGCGAGUUUUUGGGAUUACGAAGUACCAGCAAUAUAUCUGACAGACACUUUUAUCUACCGAGGUGUUAUGACAACAUGCUAUCAUAAGCCGUGCGACGAUGUUUCGGUGCUGCUUACUGACGACAAUCUAAAGUUUCUUGGUAAAACCGCUGAUGUUUUAACUAUGACAAUUAACCAGUUGUCAGAUCCUUUCCAAGGGACAAAUGGAGCAAGUCGAUGCAACCAACAGACUUUAUGGAUCAUACUAAUUUAUAUUAUAUCUAAGAAUAUGGUCCAGUUCCUUUAAAGCAGAGUAAUGCCAUGUGGUAGAAACUGAAAAAUAAUGGCUAUGUAACAGUUUCAAAAUUAUUUGCAAUAUGCUUUCGAAAUCCAAAUUGAAUAAACAUAUAAUGUCAAUUUGAUUUUAUAAAAUGCUAUUAAAUGUUUAAAAUAAAACCACUGUAUACAAUUCAGUAAAAAGUGUGUGCACAUUGUAUGCAAUUUACACUGGUAAAUAUGCAAACAUGUAAAACGUAUUAUAUGAAUUACGUAGAACAACCUACAUCCGGUACGAACGAGACAAAACCAUUUGAAAGCUAAUGUUUUUUUUUAAAUUUUGAGACCGAUGCCAGCAUACGUUAAAAUCUAUGGUGCCUUUAUCAGGAAAAAAUAUUAAGGACAACUUUACUGAACUUUAGUUUCAGCACCAUUUCAUAUUGAAAUCUUUAAUCGUCUCCUUACAUGAUUUGCUGCUCAAAAAUCAGUUUUAACCUCUCUUUUAAAAUUAUCAUGGACAGACAAAAAUUCUGUUCAACCAAAAUUAUCAUCAAGAAAAGAUUUUGGUUCGCACAAGUUCCCAUUCUAGACAAUAAUCUGGUUGCAUUAUAUCAGCUUUAUGUAAAAAUACCAGUCUAACAUUCGAGCUUCCAGUUUAUUUAGUACAUUAAAUGACUUAUCGCAAAACAUAAAAUGUAGCAUAGUAUGCUUAUUUGCACACGACAGAUUAUUUAUAAAAAAAAAUUUAAAGAAACCUGACGACACAUUUAAAUAACAGUUCGAUCAUGAAGCACUAGGCAGACUAACUCGCAUAGUUUCGACCUGAUAAAUGCAAUGUUGUUUAGUGUUACACAAAAUCGAAUUUUUGUAGCCUUCACUUACAAGGUUAUAUGGUCUUUCAAUUGAAAUACUAGUAGUUAAAUCUACAAACAAUUUAUAAUUCAUCAAAAUAAAAAAAUACAAUCAGAAAAUCCAUAGUAUUCUUUUGCAUUGUAUAAAUUUAAGGUAAUUUUAAUAUUUUAAUCAUUGAUCUUGAACUUCAUAGAACUAACAAUAAAAAUCUGUACUAAACCCGUGUAUGUUUACUUAUACAUCCUAAAAUGUCAAAAUAUAAUCAUGCAUAUAAAAAUGUAUAUAUACAUCCAAAAAUAUCACUGAUGAUUACAUAUUAAACAUGACCAGAUAUU